CAGACGUGAUCCGCUCAACAUGAGGCUGCUCGUGCUCCUGGCCUGUCUGGCGCUGGCCGCCGCCGUCCCGCAGCAGGGACGCCGGGUGAAGCCGAGUCUGGGCAACUCGCUGUCAGGAGGAGGACCCGUCUGCGGCGACGCGGGCAACGCGGAGGCGAGCAAGCCGCAGAACCUGCGCGUGUCGGAGCUGGUGUCGUGGGUGCGCAUCACGUGGGACCGGCCGGCCUGCGAGGGUGACCUUAACUCCUACAUCAUGGUCGUGCUGGGCGGCAGCACCAGCUACGACACCGAGAUCAAGUGUGACGAGCAGCAGUGUUCGUACGACAUGAACCCAGCCGUGUGCGACUACUGCAUCAGACCGGGCGUCGACUACACGUUCUCGGUGGCCGCUGUGCUCGAGAACUCGCAGCUGGGUCCGGCCGCCACCGUCAACCAGGCCGUCGAUGUGGAGACGUGUCCCAACUUUGUGGCGCCGCUGCACACGACCACGCUGUGCCGGGGUGUCUCCGAGGUCAACGCCAACGGCGACUGCAACAACGACAUCCUCUGGAGCAAGGGCUCCAUGUGCCAGGCGCGCUGCGAGGAGGGCUACGGCUUUUAUGAGUCACCGGCCAAGAAGUACUCGUGCGGCGCUGGUGGCGAGUGGAGUCCGAGCGGCAGCGCGCCCCAGUGCUACCAGAUCGUGCCCGUGUUUUCCGCCAACCUGCAGUAUAAGAUCACGUACCAACGCGAGUCGGUGGAGUCACUCAAACACCAGUUCGACGGCCUCGUCUACAAGUACAACGACAUCUUCUGUCCAUAUCCGGAGGAGUGCGGCGUCUCCGACCUCAGCAUGAAGGCAUCGCGUGACAACGAUGGCCGCCCGCUGGUUGACGUGGUGCUCACCAUUGACACGCCAGUCUACAACAUCACCGACCAGGAGGGUUUCGUCGACAUUGUCGGCGAGGCGCUCAACACUGUCACCGAGGACAACGCCUUCAUGACCCUCAUCGACUACGACAACAUCGAGCUGGUGCUGCCCGUACUCAGUCGCCAGGGCAAGCGCACCAAGGCAGUGCCUAUGCUCUGCUGCCAGAAGUGCCCCGAGGGUCACGACUACCGGCUCGGACACUGCGUGAACUGCCCGGACGGUGUCUGCAACUGAUCCCGGCUGGGUAGCCCACUCGCCUGAGGUGCUGCGGGCCCGGGUCAGCUCAGCGCCACAGCCGAGCAGCGGGAGCGGGACGCUCGCUGUCGGUCGGUCAACUCCGCCGUCGACGCAUCCUCCGGCGGCGAACCCCUCCCCUCCCGGAAACCCUCCCCCUGGUCGCGCGUCCGCCCAUGACGCGGGGGUCGUCGCGGACGCCACGCCUCCGGAUGGAGUCCGCCCGCCGCCCGCAUGGACUCGCGCGUCCGCGGCGCGCCGUGCGAAGUCCGCACCGUCGGUCCGCGGCGUGCGGCGAGUGCGGCGAGUGUGCGUCUUCCGUGCAGUGCCCAGCGACGGCGGCAGUCUGCGCGUGGCCGGGACCUGAGCCGGCCGCGUUAGUGUAGUUCUGAGUGGCGGCGGGCGCCAGCGCAGGGUCGAGCCCGUGCGGCGGACGGUGCGGCGCGCCCAGCAGGCCGGCACACGUGCUCUCAACGGUGAGAGAGUCGAAGCGAUGCGUCGUAUUGAUACGUGCUCAACGUCUUACCCAUACCAUGUGAAGCAAAUCAACCCAAUAGACCGGUAGACCAGAACGCUAGAACCUUUGUAGACAAGCUCCGUAGAACAGCCGCAUCUUUCCGUCCUCAUCGCUAGGCCAUCGACCCUAUUUAUUGUUACAAUAUUCUGUAGGUGGAGUAAUACGCGACGAAGCAUCCCCGGAGCCUCGAUCUGCCGUUGGUUGUUGCAAGUUUCAUGACUGUGUUUCCGAAGUGUGUGUAAAUAAACGGUCUAAAACAUAAUAAAACCCAAACGCGGUC